AAUUUGUCCCGUGUAUCGUACGAGUAUACGGACUAGUUUUCUUUACAGCGCAGAACAACAACCCUUAUCACUGUAUUGAAUCUAUACGGUCCGCCGAUUAUUUUAACGAACCGAGUCAGACCGGAUUAAAUCGACCGGUCCAAACCGAGUUUUAAAACCCUUCCUAAACCCUACACACUAUAAACUCGUUAAUUUCAUCGUCAAGCUCUGAACUGCCUCAAAAUCAAUUACUCUGCAACUUAACCCUAAUUCCUCUUUCUCUCAAAAUUGAGCUUCGAAGAUGGCGACUAAACGACCGGGUUCGGUUGAAGAUUUGAACUUAGAUGCACUACAGGAGCUUUUCAAGCCACACAUAGAAUCUUUCGAUCAUAUGAUUGAUGCUGGAUUGGAAACCAUGUUCGACCAUAUCAAACCUGUUGUAGUUACUCAUCCUUCAAAGCCACAAAAACUUACAAUUAUGUUGAAAAAUCCGAAGAUACAUCUGCCACAGAAGACGGAUGGAAUUGCGAGGACAACACACGGUUGGUUGUAUCCAUUUGAGUGUAGACAAGCAAAAAUCUCAUAUACAGGGAGGUUCACGGCAAAUGUGUGUUUUCAAUAUAAUGACGGUGGGAAAAUUGGGCCUCAAAUAAGAGAAAAUAUUAAUUUUGGGCACUUUCCCAUAAUGCUGCAGUCUAAGCUAUGCAACUUGAAAGGCAAGGGUCCCCGGGAACUUGUGUCCUACAAGGAAGAGGCAACGGAAAUGGGCGGUUACUUCAUCUUGAAUGGCCUUGAGAGAUUUAUUCGACCUAUAAUUAUGCCAAAACGGAAUUAUCCGAUGAGUACGGUGCGAAGUUCAUUUAGUGACAGACGGGAAGGAUAUACUGAUAAAGCAGUUGUAAUAAGGUGUGUGAGAGCUGAUCAAACCUCGUUAACGGUAAAAUUAUAUUACCUUAGUAAUGGAAGUGCAAGACUUGGUUUCUGGGUACAAGGAAGAGAGUACAUGCUUCCCGUGGGCAUUCUUUUGAAGGCCCUCAUCGACACCACUGACCGAGAAAUUUAUGCAAAUUUGACAAGCUAUUAUAAUGAAAAGUAUGAAAAGGGAAAGGGUGUUGUCGGAACCCCGCGUAUUGGUGAUAGGGCACAAAUAAUCUUAGACGAACUUCACGAUUUGUCUCUUUUCACUCGUCUUCAAUGUCUACAAUAUAUCGGAGAGCAUUUUCAACCUAUUAUGCGUGAACUCAGAAAUGAAAGCCAUUAUAUUGUCGCUGAUGCUGUUCUGAACGACUACAUACUUGUUCAUCUCAAAAACAAUUUUGACAAGUUCAAUCUGCUCAUAUUCAUGUUGCAGAAACUUUUUUCACUUAUAGAUCAUACAUCGGUGCCGGAUAACCCUGAUAGCUUGCAAAAUCAAGAGAUUUUACUCCCUGGGCAUCUGAUCACAAUUUAUCUUAAGGAAAAACUAGAAGAGUGGCUGGCGAAAGGAAAAUAUAUGGUUCUGGACGAGAUUAAUAAAAAAGGAGAGAAGUUUGAUUUCACUGACAGUUUUCAAGUUAGGAAAAUUUUGGAAAAAAAUCAUGCACCGGGAAUCAGUUUAACAAUUGAAAACAUGUUGAAAACUGGAAGAUUGGCUACACAGACAGGUCUGGAUCUGAAUCAGAGGGCAGGAUUUACAAUCAUGGCUGAACGGUUAAACUUUUUACGAUUCCUGUCGCAUUUUCGUGCUGUCCAUCGAGGUGCUGCAUUUGCCGGAGCUCGUAAUACAACUGUGCGGAAACUAUUGCCUGAAUCUUGGGGUUUUUUAUGCCCUGUACACACACCUGAUGGGGAGCCCUGUGGAUUAUUAAAUCAUAUGACCCACACUUGUAGAAUUACGUCAUUCUAUGAUUCUCAAGGAAAUCUUAAAGUUGAUUACAAAAUUAAAACGUCUAUCCUCAACAUUUUAAUUGAGACCGGAAUGACACAAUCAUUGCCAAAGAUACUUUUACCUGGCCCGCCAGAAGUUCUUACUGUUCUUCUAGAUGGUUGUAUUGUUGGUUUUAUCCCUUCCACUGAGGUUGAGAAAGUUGUUGCUCACCUUCGAGAACUGAAAGUGUCAUCUUCUGCAGUGAUUCCAAAUGAUUUGGAAGUGGGAUAUGUUCCUUUGAGUAUGGGUGGACAAUAUCCUGGCCUCUACCUCUUCACAUCUGCUUCAAGAUUUGUUCGCCCAGUGAGGAAUAUAUCAAUUCCUUCCAAUGGAAAUGAAAAUAUUGAACUCAUUGGUCCAUUUGAACAGGUUUAUAUGGAGAUACAAUGUCCUGAUGGUGGAAAUGGUGGAAGAAAAAGUCCAUUUCCUGCAACUCAUGAGGAAAUCCAUCCAACAGGAAUGCUAAGUGUAGUUGCUAAUCUUACACCAUGGUCAGAUCAUAAUCAGAGCCCACGAAAUAUGUACCAGUGUCAGAUGGCAAAGCAAACAAUGGCAUUUUCUUCACAAACGAUUAAACUUCGUGCAGAUCAGAAGUUAUAUCAUCUUCAGACUCCUCAGUCUCCCAUUGUUCGCACAAGUGCAUAUACUAAAUACAAUGUUGAUGAAUUUCCAACAGGCACAAAUGCUAUAGUUGCAGUUCUGGCAUAUACAGGAUAUGAUAUGGAGGAUGCCAUGAUUCUUAAUAAGUCAUCUGUGGAACGUGGAAUGUUUCACGGACAAAUAUAUCAGACAGAAACUGUUGACUUGGCAGAGCGAGGUAGUCGGUCAGAACAAGCUUCAAGAACAUUCCGAAAAAGUAACCAAGAUAAAUCUUGUCCUGCAAUUGAUUCAGAUGGGCUUCCACAUGUUGGUCAGAGAAUACGGCCAGGCGAACCCUAUUGUAGCACUUACAACGCAAUAACGAAUAAAACAUAUCUAUUCAAUAAAAAGGGUACUGAAGAUGCUUAUAUUGACUCUGUUGCUGUUGACGUCAAAAAUGGGAAGCAUCUAAAGAAGGCUAAUAUACGCUUUCGAUACCCUCGAAACCCUAUAAUUGGUGAUAAAUUUAGCAGUAGACAUGGGCAGAAAGGUGUUUGCUCUCAGUUGUGGCCAGAUAUUGACAUGCCAUUUUCUGGAAAUACGGGGAUGCGCCCAGAUCUUAUUAUAAAUCCUCAUGCAUUUCCUUCUAGGAUGACGAUUGCUAUGCUUUUGGAAUCUGUUGCUGCUAAGGGAGGUAGUUUACAUGGAAAAUAUAAAGAUGCAACUCCAUUUCGUAGUUCAGUGAAGACAGAUGGUGAGAAGUCUGGAUCCAAGUCGGCUUCACUUGUUGAUGAGCUUGGUGUUAUGUUAAAAGAGAAGGGAUUUAAUUACCAUGGAUGUGAGGUUCUGUACAGCGGGGUUUAUGGAACAGAACUGACAUGUGAGAUAUUUAUUGGGCCUGUUUAUUAUCAGCGGCUUCGUCACAUGGUUUCAGACAAAUACCAAGUUAGAUCUACUGGCCCUAUUGAUCCAGUCACCCGGCAGCCAGUAAAAGGACGAAAGCGUGGUGGAGGAGUACGAUUUGGAGAAAUGGAACGCGACUCUCUACUAGCACACGGGGCCGCGUAUCUUUUGCAUGAUAGGCUGCACACCUGUUCUGAUUAUCACAUUGCUGAUGUGUGUUCCAUUUGUGGAAGCCUGCUUACGACAACAUUCAUCCAGCCUCAAAAGCUGCCGGUUCGACAGAUUGUUGGACUACCACCACGAAAACCUCCAAGUAAAGUUGCUUGUCAUGCUUGCCAAACCGGUAAAGGCAUGGAGACAGUUGCCAUGCCUUAUAUAUUUAGAUAUUUGGCAGCAGAGUUAGCAUCAAUGAACAUUAAAAUGACUCUGAAGCUAAGUAAUUGAGCUAACACCACUGAGACAGGUGUUUGAGAAUAUAGUCUCAGUGGGCUAUGUUGAACAACAUAUUAGAUUGAUUAGAUGUAUUAAGAUUGUGAAUCCCAUGAACAUGAGUGUCUAGAUGCUUCCUUACAUCACGGGGUUUGAAAUUUUGUUAAGGGAUAUGGUCUGACUGUACCAUAUUACAUGAUUUUACAAAAUGAGACCUAAAUUAUUAUUUAAAUACCACAAUUUUGAACUUUCUUCA